AUGCGAGAAACAUUAGAAGCGUUCCAAAAUGAGAUGUUCUGGACGAUCAUCGUUGGCUUUUUCAUUGCUUCAAUUCUUGCAUUUGCUAUUGGUGCCAAUGAUACAGCAAAUUCUUUCGGGACGAGUGUUGGAAGCAAGGUGCUCACUCUUCAGCAAGCUUACUUAUUGGCCUCCAUUUUCGAAACCCUUGGAGCAGCUUUGUUGGGAUACCAAGUUACUGAUACUAUGCGAAAAGGCGUCAUCGAUUUGGCUGUUUACAAUGGUAGUGAAAACGAACUUAUGCUUGGCCAAAUUUCCGUACUGUCAGGAUGUGGUGCGUGGUUGCUUAUAGCAACAUUUUUGAAGCUACCAGUGUCAACGACCCAUAGUAUUGUCGGAGCGACUCUUGGUUAUUCUUUGUUAGCCCGUGGUACGCAGGGAAUACGAUGGUGGCCAGUCAUCCGCAUAUUUAUCUCAUGGUUUCUGUCACCGUUGCUUUCGGGCAUCGUUUCAAUUCUUUUUUAUUCUUUCAUUGACCAUGCUGUGUUGCGACGUCGUCGUCCUCUGCACUGUGGUCUAAUUCUUCUACCUGUUUUGUAUUUCAUCUGCGUAGCUGUCAACGUUUUUGCCGUUAUGUACAAUGGUUCUGAAUUUUUGGGCUUCGACGAGAUACCGGCGUGGGUUGUUCUGGUUAUAACAUUUAGUGUAGCAGCAGUUGUUGCAUUGCUUGUGCAUUUUAUUAUGGCGCCGCAGCUGAAAAAGCGCAUUUUAGAUGCACGUUCACUGUUGCAUUAUGAAGACGGAAAGCAUCUGACACUGGGACCAACUAGUAGCGGAGAACAACAGUUAGCUGAAAUAUCUGUUGAUUUGUUAAACAACAAUGAUAGCAAUACUAAUAUCACUAUUAUGGUAGAGGAGGAAAGUGGAGUGGUAUCCAACAAUCUUCAAACAAGUAACACCGACGGACACCAUGGUUUGGGCACAAAUAUGGUACGACCAACAAGAAGUAUCGAAACCUUUUUUCGUUCUUCCAAACCGGAGGAUCCGCAAGCAUCUCAGUUGUUCAGUUUCCUUCAGGUGCUUACAGCUUGCUUCGCUGGUUUCGCUCACGGAGGCAACGAUGUAAGCAACGCAAUUGCUCCGCUGGUGUCACUGUAUGCUAUUUAUAAGGAGAAUUCAGUGAUGCAACGAUCUACAACACCUGUUUGGCUUUUGCUUUACGGUGCUUGUGGCAUGUGUGUUGGUCUUUGGGUAUUGGGGCAUCGGGUUAUCUAUACGGUUGGUGAGAAUCUCACCAAAAUUACACCUCCAAGUGGUUUUGCAAUCGAAUUUGGUGCUGCUGUAACAGUGUUAGCUUCAAGCAAAUUUGGUCUUCCAGUAAGCUCCACACAAUGCAAGGUUGGUAGUGUGGUAGCAGUUGGUGUGAUACAGGCGAGCGGCUCUGUCAAGUGGUCUACUUUCCGGAAUAUAUCGUUGUCUUGGCUUGUUACUUUACCUGUUACGGGUGUCCUCAGUGCACUGGUAAUGUUGGUCGCGCGUUCGAUCAUUCUAUGA